AUGAAGAACGAUGUUGAAAAGGAAGCGGGAUCGUAUAUUUUACGAAGUUAUGGUGAAUUUUUCAAGAAACAAUAUCAAGAUUAUACCUCCCUAUUACAAGAACAAUAUAAAAGUGAAAAUAAAACAUUUUCGCCCAUAGAAGUUGUUAUGGAAUCACACGAGCUUAUCGCGACUAUUGACUUGGUAGCGUCAGACAACACAGUGAUUACAAAAGUUUUAAGUGUUUUAUCAUCACUAUGUGUGGAAGCUCAUAUUUUAAAAAAUGAGGCAUUCAAAAGGCAUUUCAAAUUUUUGGCAGUAUAUGAUGAAUAUAGUGAAAGUGAUAUCUCCUUACAAAUGGAAUCAAUAUGUCAUUUAAGUUCAUUUAUAAGUCGUUGUAAUGAAACUCUUAGUAAUAUCUGUAGUCAAAUUUUUGCCAUUUUCAAUGAAAACAUUUUUAAUCUUAAUGGAAUUCAAUGGCAUUUUUUGAUUAACAAAAUUGGAGAGAUUUUUACAAUUCUAGUUAUAACUGAAUUGCUUAUAUCAAGAUGUUCUUUGGCAUCUAAUUGGAAUAAAUUCAGUCAAAUUCUAAAAACUCAAAAUGCAAAGGAUGAUUAUAUGGACAUUAAAAUUGAGAAAUUCAAAGUUUUAAUAGCUGCUGUCAACAGUAUAACAACAAAACUAAUGAAUGAUGAUAUAGUUCAAAAUUCUCUUAAUAAUUUACUUAUUUUAAGAAAAAAAGAUUUAAUGGCAAAAAAUUGUUCACUAGUCUCAGCAGAAUUUAUGCUGUACAUAAGACAUGCUAUCCUCAAUCUAGACAAACUUGCACAGGAUAAACCGAAUAGUGAAACUAUGUACAAGUGCAUAAAAAUAAAUACAUUAUUUGUAUUAACUUCAUAUUUAUUUGGCAAUAAUGAAAAGAAAGUAUUCAAGAGCUUGAUGGAAUUAAAUACAAAGGCACACAGUAUUUUCAUUAUGGGCACUGUUAUUUGGUUUCCUGAUCAAUUUCUUCAAAGAUUUGUUCCUUCACUUUGUGGCAAUUAUAAGAAACUAUCCCAAACUAUGCAAAAGUCACGUCAGUCUUACAUGAACACUAAAAAAAUAACUUUAACUAAAGAUGUCAUGUAUCUUCAGAGUGUAAGCUCGCAGUGGAUAUUGAUAGUGGAGGAGCUUUUUUCUAGCAACAAUAAACUCAGUGCAGCAGAUAUGUCAUUACAUGCAAAAACUCUACUGGAAGGGCUUGAUAUUGCCGCUAAUAUAAAUUGGUCAGUGUUGUCUUUUAUUAACCUCCAUCUUUCACUUGGGAUUGCGUUAUCAAAAAACAUGUUGAUGUCAUUAUUUGAUAUCAUGGACAUUCUUAAAAGUUUGUGGAACACUGUAAGCAGAAAUUAUAAUGAAAUAAUAAAUUCCAUUUCAAUGAUCAUCCAACAUCUUACAUAUCAAGCAGUAUCUUCAAUUCUUGAAAUAAAGAAGUCAUUGAUUAGUGAUAAAAAAUAUGCUAAUAAAAGAUUAGAUGAACUUACGUGCAUUGUAAUUGCAGAACAAGCCAUUAAAGGUGCUUCGACUUUUGAACGAAACAUAGCUACGAACAUCGCCCUUAAUUUUGUACCAGAAACUACUUAUAUAGAAGACAGUUAUGUUAAACUAAGUUUGCUACUGGAAAAAAUUCAAAUCUUAUCAAACUUUAUUAAAAGCAUGAAGCAAUAUUGUAAUUGUUCCUGGUUAUUGUGGCAUCAAAAUAUAAUAUCUAUAUAUUUUGAGCAAAACUUCAGCAUGCAACUGCAAUCUGUUAAACUAAAGUUUUUUUUAAUGGUAUUAGAUGAUUGUGUAAUGCUAUUGCAAGAAACGGACAAACAGUAUGGAGGCGACAAGUCUUCAGAUUUCAAAAAUAAAGUGAAACUGAUUAUUGAUGAAUCAGUUUUGCAAAAUUUAGGUCAAAGCAUUGAAACCAACCUUCGACUUCACAUACAUUCACAUUUGCAGUUGGAUGUAGUAAAUCCGUUAACAUUUGAUAUGAUAAAGAAAACUUUACUUCUUUUGGACAGUCUUCGAUUACAUAAUUUGUAUAUGUCAGUUGCGCCUUCUGUGGAACAAUAUUUAUCCAAAACGUACUACAACUUGACUACCGUGGUGCUGUCGGACUGGAAAACGUAUGGGGAAAUGCGUCAAAUGGCAAAAAUGAAAUUUAACAUUAAGACAAUACAAGACAAUCUUCCGACGCAAACAUUGGAACAAGGCCUAGAUGUGCUAGAAAUCAUGCGUAAUAUUCAUAUUUUCGUUUCUAAAUACCAAUACAAUCUUAACAAUCAAAUUUUUAUAGAAAAAAGCAGCAACAAUAAGCAUUUGAAUUCUAUCAAUAUACAGCACAUUGCAAACUCAAUAAGAACCCACGGCACUGGUAUAAUGAACACUACGGUCAACUUUACAUAUCAAUUCUUAAAAAAUAAAUUCUUCACUUUUUCUCAAUUUAUGUAUGACGAACAGAUUAAAUCUCGAUUGAUAAAGGAUCUUCGAAAUUUCAAGGAAAGUGCGGGGGAUAACGGAAACAUUUAUGUGUAUAAGAAUGCAGAAAAGUUCAAUAAAGGCAUUAAAACUUUAGGACUCGCUGAAGACGGGCAAAGCUAUUUAGAUUUGUUCAGAGAAUUAAUCAGUCAAAUUGGCAAUGCCAUGGGAUAUGUCCGCAUGAUUCGAUCAGGCGGGAGGCAUUGUUGUUGUGACGCUACUGCGUUCCUUCCCGACCUCGAAAUCAGGGAUUUUAAAAAAUUAUGUGAAGAGAACGAAUUGGGAGAAAAAACAACUCGUUCAGCGGAAAAUUUAGACGAUAAUAUUGACUGUCUCGUAUCUAACUUUAUUCAAGGAACGGAGUACUUCAAAUUACUGGUAGAAGUGUUUGCCCCAGUGUUUAGAAAUCCUAAAAAUGUACACUUAAAAAACUUUUUCAUUAUCGUUCCGCCUUUGACGUUAAAUUUUAUAGAGCAUAUGAUUUUAUCUAAAGAUAAAAUGUCGAAAAAGAACAAAGCAGGAGCAUCAUUUACCGAUGAUGGUUUUGCGAUGGGUAUCGCAUAUAUUCUGAAGUUGUUGGACCAGGAUUCCAAUUUUGAAGCCCUGCAUUGGUUUGACUCAAUUUGGAACCAUAUAAAAAAAGAAAGAGAAAUUAUCAAUGAGCAGAAAAGUAAAGGUCCUUUACAAUUACAACAAGCGUUGGCUCUCAGUGAAAAGAAGAUAAAAACUCUUGAAGAAGAAUAUAAAUUGUUAUAUUAUAGUCUUACUAGUGCCAGAAUAUUCUUUAAA